AUGGUUGGCAUCAUAUCGCGGGUGGUUAGUGGAGGCAGCUCCGUAGCCCGUGGACUGCUUGGAGUCCGAAAUCCCCUCAUGAUCGAGUCGUCGGCAGGGUUUAAGGUGAAAGCUCGUCUAAAACUUCGAUGUCGUAGCUGUUACUUCAUCCGAGUCAACGGUAGAUUGCACGUUGAAUGUAAUGAACAUCCACGACACAAGGCCAGGGAGAUUUUCAACACAAAACUACUUUGGUGA